AGACAGAGAUAAGAAAGUACGACAUCUCAAAAUCACAUUUAAAUAGAGUUAAAAUGACGCUGUUCUUUUAUGUCUUCCUUCUGCUAUUCAGUCAGUAUUCUGUGUUCUGUAAUGAUGCAACGGGUAUUCAAGCACUCGUCACGCGUAUUGAUGCUUUAGAAGAAAUAGCUGAAAUACAAAAGAAAACUAUUCAAAGGCAGGAAGAAAACAUACACCUUCUUCGUGUAAAAGAUGAAAACCAACAGAGACGUUUUGAAGAACUUGAAAAGAUUGUCCAGUUACAACAGAAAGUCAUCAGUGACGUCAUAUCUGGUGACAAGCAAACAAAGGAUCAAAGAGAGACGCCAGAGGUCGCAGCAAUAACGGAUAACUUACCUGUUGAUGUUUCAAGAAGGAAUAUGUCACUGAUAUCUGGUUUGGAACAAAUCAACAUCUCUGAGAAUUUUGCGACCAGACAUUCCACGAGACAAACGCCCGAAAUAGUUGCAUUUCACGCAACAGUUGAUGUGCAUAACCAUGUCACUCAUCUCACUCAAGGUCAGACAGUUGUGUUCGAUUCUGUUCAUCUCAACGUUGGAGGCGGAUAUCACAGCUCGGCAGGAAUAUUCAUUGCGCCUUCGGCAGGGAUCUAUAUUUUCUCCUUAUCUGUCAUGCUAAAUACCGCAUCCUCACAUUGGAUCGAUUUAGAUUUGAUUAAGAAUGGCGCUGUUCUUUCUGGAGCAUAUGCUUUCGAAUAUGCUCAAGGCUCUGUAUCGAUUGUUACGCAGCUGAAAAUAGGCGAUGAGGUUUUGGUCAAGGUGCAUGCCUCAGAUAUUGGAAUACUAUAUGGCGAUAAAUUAACCAGUUUCAUGGGUGCAUUGAUAAUGCAUUUGUAACUACGAAACAUCAAAAAAUAUUUACUCAAAGGUUUGGCGUGAAAUGUUAGCUUCUAGACUGCAUUUUCAUUUAAGAGCACUAAUGCUAAAGUGACAUGAGGUCAUUAACUGAUGUACCCAUUUUUUUCCUUUCAAUUCCUUGUUAAUGUAUUUAAUGUGCAGGUGUAUUUUAAUAAAAAGUAUAAAUAGUGUAA